AUGACGACCCGAAUCCCAACCACCAACGCGCCCCGCCUCUCCACAGCCCCCAGCAGCAUCAAACCCCGUCAACUGUCACACCUCCAUGCGCAACUCGCCCAACUAUCCGCCAACCUGGCCGAUCUCGAGAACUUACUCCGAAUGACUAGCGUACAAGCAGAGAGUAUCCGCGGCCUGGGCGCUUUUCACGGCGGACUGUUUAUGGCUGCGAGUAAAGUGCUUGGAGAGGAGACGAUUGCCGGUAGUCAGGGGCAGCAGAGAGGGAGUGGUGGGAGUGAGACGUGA